CAAUUCUCUGGUAACAGAUUUUCAAUAUUGUUCACCAUAAUCUGAAGAAAAACUGUAGAGUGACCGCCUACGGCAUGGAAGAUGAUAGGUUGCAGUGGCUACAAAAUUUUGGCAUGGAAGGAAAUGUGGAUGCAUUAUAUUCAGUACUUGCAGAGGAUCCUUAUGUUUUGGAGGAUAUUGAUAAGAUCCCAUUUGUUACAAGUCCCUCACACAGCUGCAAGCCAAGGAAAGAUCCAUUUCGCCAAGGAAAUACUCAACUUAAAGCCAUCAUUUGCUUGGAAGCGAGACCAUCUUGGGCGUAGCCCCCUCCAUUUGGCUUUGCUGGGGAAGCACUUGCAGAAACGGCUUAGUCCUUGUGAUUUGGAUUUGGAGAGGAAGUACCAGGCACUUGUAACAUGGUUGAUAAAACAUGACAGUGAGCUUGUCCGUGUUAAAGCAAGGGGGAUGGUUACUCCUUUGCACUAUGCAGCCCAACUAGACGAUGAAUCCAAUAUGACAGACUUUUUGUAUGUUUGUCCAUCUUCAAUCGAAGAUUUGACUGUUAGAUCUGAAACUGCUGUCCAUGUCGCCCUCAAAAACGGGAGUUUGAAAGCCUUCAAGGUCUUGUUAGGAUGGCUUCGCUACUUUAACAAAGAAGAGAUCCUGAACUGGGAGGACGAGGAAGGAAACGAUGCAUUGCAUACUGCAGUAUCUGCAAAUCAAGCUGAGGCGGUGAAGCUGUUGAUUGGAUGUAUGAAAGUGAAUAAAAAGAACAGUAAAGGUUUGACAGCUUUGGACAUCUUCUACGAUGGCCAAGGUCAAGGUUUGGCAGAUGCAGCAGUCCGGGACAUUCUACUUGCUGCUAAAGCUAAAACUGCAUCUCAACUCCAUCGUCCGUCUUUAGGAGGUUCAGAAGAAACUUCACCGUUUGAGAACUCUUUUGGGCCCUUGUCGUUUUCAGGAAAUUUUUCAAAAACUUUUGGGCUGGGUUACCUAAAGUUAUAUAAAGUUCCUCCGGAAGUCCGAAAUGUUCUACUUGUGGUGGCUAUAUUGAUAGCCACAACCACGUAUCAAGCUGCAAUAAGCCCCCCCGGAGGAUAUUGGCAAGAUAACGGCAAUCCGGAGCGUGCAACCACCACCACUGCUAUCAAUAACACCACCACCGACAACUUUAAUAGGAAGCCUUUUGAAAUUAAACACUUCGCGGGGAAUAUGAUUUUUCCACCGACACAUUUUUUCCAGUUCUUAUUUUUUAUAUUUAAUUCAUUGGCUUUUUUUAUGUCUUUGUGCUUAAUUUCAAUUCUCGUAACUGGCCUCCCAUUUUGCAGAAUCAUUAUCACAAUGACAUCUUUGAUGGUACUUCCGUAUUUUAUUUCUAUAGGUGAAACUUCUGAAUUCGACGGAGGUGUCUUCAUAGCCUUAUUCUCUAUCACUUUUCAGUUGGUAAUUAUUUUUCCAGCAUAUUUUAUCCCAACUAUCUUAAAUCGCCGACAUUUGAAGCUCACAUUGUAUGGCCGCCGGAGGAACCUGCGUUUGGGAAGCUUUGAACAACCUAAGAAGUGAAGUCAGCUGUAAUUAGUAAUAGUGAAUUUAUAUAUUUUUGCUUCCACUGGUUUAUGUUUUGUUGGUAGAGUCAGCAUUGUUUGUAACGUUACACCUGCAUUGAUCAUACUUAAUGAAGUUGUUUAUCUCGUA